UUCAAGGAGCUAUUAGAAAACCGGUAAAAACCCAAAUGGCAGUAUUCCUCAUCAGCUCUCCUCCGGGUCCUUUGUCCCUUGGAUACAGGUAAAUUCUUCUUUGUUAUUCUCUUUGAAUCGAAAAUACUUACCCAGAACCAAUAAAGCCCGGACCGGACCGGAGAAUAAUGUACGGUGGUGCCGGCAAGUUGGGCCGUGGAGGCGGAGGAGGUGGCGGGGGCGGGAAGCGGAACAUCAACUCCACCUUUCACGCGCCGCCUAUAAGUCGCGCCUCUGCUGCUCCCGGUGGCCGCCUCUCUUUAGGAGGAGGUGGCCGAGGCCGGGGCUCCGCCGCUUCCAUGGGUUCGGGUCCGUCCACCGCUUCUGUGCAGGCAGAGGAGACCUACAGCCUCGUCACGGGGAAUCCUCUGAAUUUUGCGAUGAUAAUAAGGUUGGUGCCGGACCUGGUGGAGGAGAUCAAGCGCGCGGAGUCAGAGGGGGCCAAAGUGCGGAUCAAAUUUGAUGCCAAUGCCAAUAAUAGCAACGGGAAUGCCAUUAAUGUGGGUGAUAAGAACUUCAAAUUCACAUGGUCACGGGAAAUGGGAGACCUUUGUGACAUAUAUGAAGAACGUCAAAGUGGUGAAGAUGGAAACAGCUUGCUUGUAGAAUCAGGGGGUGCUUGGCGCAAGCUGAAUGUACAGCGUGUCUUGGAUGAAUCAACUAAAAAUCAUGUUAAAAUGCGGUCACAAGAAGCUGAGCAAAAGCUCAAAUCACGCAAGGCCAUUGUUUUAGACCAUCAAAACCCAACUAUGAAGAAUCAAAUUAAGGCAUUGGCUGCUGCUGAGUCUACUCCAUGGAGAAAUUUCAAGCAAAAGAAAGAGCCUCCUUUCAAAAAGAGAAAAGCUGAACCUCCUUCAGGUGGACCUGCUAAAUCUGUUUAUAAAUCUGCGGUGGCUACAACAACCCCUUUGAAGGGAAGGACUAUGGAUUCACCUCUAUCUUCUCCACCGGAGCAGUCCGGUGCUCCAGUUUCGCCAUUUGGAAGUGGCAAUUUAAUGAAGGGAUAUGCAGGUAUACAAGACAGUAUACCAACUCAAACUAACAAUAAGACUGCCAGCUCGGAGAAAGAAAUGCCUGGCAGGGUGAUGAGUAAUACAGUCCGAGAUAAACCAAAGCACAUGGCGCCGAAAGCUUCCGAUUUGAAAAGUUUGGUAAUUUCUCUUCUCAUGGAGCAUCAUUCCAAGGGUAUGAGUCUCAAGGGCUUGGAGAAGGCUAUUGGGGAUGCAAUGCCCAACUCGGUUCGGGAAAUUGAGCCCAUCUUAAAACAGGUUGCUACUUUUCAAGCUCCAGGAAGAUACUUUUUGAAACCAGGAGUAGAGAUGGAAAACUUCAAGAAACCUUCAUCUGAAAGUGGAAGUUCUCCAGAAUUGAACCGUCUAUCUUUGGUCCAUGAGAAGAGUGCCCGACUCCCUGUUCCAGAACCCACCUUUUCAUUGAGAACGGACACCGAUGAAUUACAAGAAAAUGCUCUAUCGAACUCAAUGCCUAGACAUGACUUGGACACCAUAGAGAAAAUUGAUAUCCUAAAUAGUUCACCUACUGCUUUAAGUGACAAAAAAGUUUCUGAUCAUAGUGAAGGGCCUGCAGCUAGUUCUAGUGAUAGUGGAAGUGACAGUGCCAGUGAAAGUGAUAGCAGUGACAGUGGUAGUGAUAGUGGAAGCCAUAGCAGAAGUAAAAGUAAAAGCCCAGUGGCAAGUCGAAGUGGUAGUAGCAGUGACAGUGAAAGUGAUGCAUCUUCCAACAGCAAGCAGGCAUCCGAUGAGGAUGUUGAUAUUAUGACGAGUGACGACGAUGACAACGUUGUGAAGUCCAAGCAUAGAUCCCAAGAUUCUGGGCCUGUCUCACCUAAAUCUCCUAGUCAAGGGAGACCUCCUUAUAGUGAAUCUGUUGAUGUUGUAGAUGAUCAUGUUUCUGAUGUGGUUGAGAUUGAGAAAGACUUGCCUGAAGAUGACCAGGAAGCUGAAAUGGCUGCAGCUACUAAUUCAGUUUCUAGCAAAGAUAGUGAAAAACUUGUGGAAGGGACAAAACCUUCUUCACUCAAUCAUCUCAGGGCUAACGAAAGCCAAGUCUACAGGCAAAGAUUCUAUGGUGAAACAGAAAAUGUGGUAAGGGAUGGCUUCAAGCAACAGCAGUCUGAUAGCAGAGAAAGGAUGCCAAAAAGCAAAUUUAGAAGGCAUUCUGACGAUAAGCAAUCUGAUGAGAGGCCUUACAACAGUAAAAGAUCAAAAGGCAACAACUCGAGUCAGACUGUGUCUGGGACAAUGAAUGCUCUCUUUGGUGAGAGUCCUUGCAAUUCAUCCCCUGGUAGGCCUCUACAAGGCCAUCAUAAGGGACCUACUAUUCAAAUGGCUGAUAGAACUGCUUGGGAUGGUGCUGAUGAUUCUAGCAUACCGAAAGGUUCCGAGCAAGCCUUUCCAAGUAGAUCUGUUUCUGAAUCUCAGCAACCAGAUCGAAAAUCUUUUGAUGCUGGCAUACAGGCUAAGGUCCCUUCUGGAGAAGAGUGGUCAGGUAAACAUGCUGAGAACUUGGGUCGUGGCAUUAAGUCCACUGAAAGAAACCUUCAAUCAAGCAAGGGUCUUAAGCUUCAUAAAGAUAAGAGUAAAAUAGAAGCGCAAGGGGAAGAUGGUUUUGUUGGUGAGAAAAGGCCAACCAGUUAUUCUGCUGGUGUUGGAGACAAACAGUCUCUGCUGACUGAAUCUCGUCACCAAAAAAAUGAAAUUGUGGGGAAGUUGAAGGAGCCUGGGUCCAUGGCGCAUUCUCCCAAGGACAGCAACACUAAUUUUCCUGAAAGAUCUCCUUUGAUGAAUGAUCGGGGCAGAAUACUACGAAGAGAGCAUUCAGAAUUAGAGUUGGGUGAAUUUCGUGAACCUGUUCCUGAUGAAACUCCUGGCUCUAAGAAGAGAUUUGAGAGGGAAAAUUCUUUUAAAAAAUCAGAAAACAAACCAACAAGUUCGGAGUACUGGAACUCAGAUUCAGGUAAAGGAAAACCUACUAAUAAGAUUACUUCAGAUUCAAGGAAACUGUCUUCACCCAAUGCAAAUAAUGUGGCUUCUGGCUUUCCAAAUGGAUCAUUGAAGAGCCAAACACCAGAACACCAUGGUGAUGAUAUUUCAAGAUCUUACCCAAAAACUGCUCAAUCUCAACCGCAGCAGCACCAAUCUAGACAUAUUGAAGGCGGAACAAACCUGGGGACUAGCUUGGAAUCUCAUCAGGAUACGUACAGCAGAGUGCCUGUAAAUGCAUCAGCAGAGCAACGUGAUCCAAAACCAGUUGUCCCAUCUAUGAAAGAAGGCAAGAAUCAAAAAUCCAAAGCAAGUGCGAAUUCAAAUGAUAAACAAAAAGAUGCUUCUUUGACAGCGAGCAAUGGUGGUGGUCAGAAACGGAGAGAAUCUUCAUCUGAUGAGAAUAGUUGUUUGUAUUCCAAGUAUGACAAGGAAAAGCCUGAGCUGAAGGGUCCAAUAAAGGAUUCCUCACAGUAUAAAGAAUAUGUGCAGGAGUUUCAAGAGAAAUAUGAGAGCUAUUGCUCCUUGAACAAAAUCUUGGAGUCUUACAGGGAUGAGUUCAGUAACUUCGGGAAGGACCUUGAGGUGUACAGAGGAAGGGACACAAAGAGAUAUCAUGAAAUUUUAGGACAUAUGAGAGCAUCCUUUCGUCAGUGUGGGGAGAGACAUAAACGACUGAAAAAGAUUUUUGUUGUGCUUCAUGAAGAGUUGACGCAACUGAAGCAGAUGAUCAAAGAUUAUGCUGCGAAAGACUGAUAUCUAUUUGUCAAUGCUUUACUGGGAAGAUUCACCGAAUGUUGCCUGCAAAGCUUCAUUUGUAUCCUCGUGUUGUCAAAAGUUGAAAAAUGAUUGCCCGUGGUGUUUGCUAAACUGUAUGUCAAUGGGCAUCAGUGCUCUAGACGAGAUUGAGGCCAGUAAAGUUAGUGGAGAUUAUGUUUUAACAUUGCGGAGGUGGGAAAAUCUGAUGUCCAAGGGUGGACACGUACUGUAUAUUUAUCAUUUUCGUUAUUUUUCUUCGUUUUUCAUUGUGAUAUGGUUGUUCUAGUAGUAUUGAAAGGUGGAUUUACUUCUUUUAAAAUAGAUCCUGUCCCUUUGUUUUUUUUGAGGGUUGGCACUUCUUGAUGAAUGACAAGAUGUAAUCAUUGUAAUCAAUUUUGACAUUGUUUGGGUAUUAUAGUUUAGUCUAUUAUCAAAGGCAGAAGGGCAGUAAUAGAUACACUUUAGUUAAA